AUGGCCCCGGAAAGCCACCGGCAGGAUAAUGCUGGCAGUUCCCAGCCCAAACCAAACACAUCUCUGGGUUGCAAACGCUUGGGGUUGGGGGUGGGAGAAGGUGGAGCCGAGGAGGAGCUUCCCCCGUCCCGCCACUAUAUUAAAUGUCCUGGUGGACUCCCACUCUCUUUGCCGCUGUCACAUCGCCAGGUCACAAAAAUGACAUCUUACACAGACAAGGGAGAAAAGCCCCUACGAGGCCGCUUCAUCCAUUUCCACUCCAUCACUUUCUGGGUCGGCAAUGCCAAGCAGGCUGCAUCCUACUACUGCAACAAGCUGGGGUUCGAAGAGCUGGCGUACCGGGGGCUGGAGACUGGCAGCAGGGAGGUGGUCUCACAUGCCAUCAAGCAGGACAAGAUCGUGUUUGUUCUCUCAUCUGCUCUCAACCCAGGGAAUGAGGAGAUGGGGGAGCACCUGGUGAAGCACGGUGAUGGGGUGAAGGACAUUGCCUUCGAAGUGGAGGACUGCGACUUCAUCGUGCAGAAAGCCAAGGAGCGCGGAGCCGUGGUGGUGAAGGAACCCUGGGUGGAGGAGGACAAAUUCGGGAAGGUGAAGUUUGCAGUGAUCCAGACGUACGGUGACACCACCCACACCUUGAUAGAGAAGCUCAACUACAAGGGCCUCUUUCUACCCGGGUACCACCCGCCCCUCUUCAAGGACCCCCUGCUGCCAAAGCUAUCGAGCGCCAAGCUCAACUUCAUCGACCACGUCGUGGGGAACCAGCCCGACCUCCAGAUGGUCCCAGUGGCGGACUGGUACCAGAAGAACCUGCUCUUCCACCGCUUCUGGUCGGUGGAUGACAAGCAGCUGCACACGGAGUUCAGUGCCCUGCGCUCCAUUGUGGUCACCAACUACGAAGAGACCAUUAAGAUGCCCAUCAACGAGCCAGCACUCGGCAAGAAGAAAUCCCAGAUUCAGGAGUACGUCGACUACUACGGAGGGGCCGGAGUCCAGCACAUCGCGUUGAACACCUCUGACAUCAUCUCGGCAAUCACCAACCUGAAGCAGCGGGGCAUGCAGUUCAUGGACGUGCCAUCCAGCUACUACCAGAUGCUGCGGGAGAGGCUGAAAACUGCCAAAAUCAAAGUGAAGGAGAACAUUGAUAAGCUGGCGGAACUGAAAAUCCUGGUGGAUUUUGAUGAGAAAGGCUACUUGCUCCAGAUCUUCACCAAACCAGUUCAAGACAGACCCACGGUCUUUCUGGAGGUCAUCCAGCGGCAUAACCACCAGGGCUUCGGAGCUGGGAACUUCAAGUCUCUGUUUGAAGCAAUAGAAAUAGAUCAAGAUGCAAGAGGAAACCUGACCAUCCUGGAGCCCAACGGGGAGACCAAGCGCAUCUAA